AGGAAACAAACACACACGUGCACUGAGAAAUGGGGAAGCUGUGAAAGUAGAAGAGUCUUCCCUAUUCACUGCAUCACACUAAAUCCUGAGACUGGCUUCAAGAUGAUCGUUCUGCUUGUGUUGGCGAUGCUGACAGCAUGUGCUGCAGUUACUGAAGAUCUGUCGGAUCGAAUGUUCACUUUUCCACAGCAAAGCAACACUGCUCACGUGAAGCUGAACCUAGCAAGACAGGAAUUAAGUGUUGUAACUCUCUGUCACAGAUCCUUUACUGACCUCAAAAGAGACCACGCUCUCUUCUCUCUGGCCACAUCCUCCAACAACAAUGACUUCUUGAUUUUUUGGGAUGGAGCAAAUAAGAAGAUAGCGCCUCACAUUAGGGAUAAAAAGGUAGAAUAUGCAGGGUUCGACUACAAGCCAAACAUGUGGCACUCCAUUUGUACCACAUGGGACUCUAAGUCUGGACUGGUGCAGGUGUGGUUUGAUGGAAUACCCUCGAUUAAGAAGUCCAUCAGCUCUGGGUCCAGCAUCAAAGGAACCAUGAUGAUCACUUUAGGACAGGAGCAGGAUUCCCACGGUGGGGGUUUUGACGUUAAACAGUCUUUCGUUGGCAUGAUGUCGGACGUCCACAUGUGGGACUACAUCCUUUCCUCCUGCCAGAUCCAGAAAUACAUGGAUGAUCGCCACUUCACUCCAGGGAAUGUGAUCAACUGGAAUGCACUGGACUACCAGAUUGUAAACAAUGUAUUGAUUGAGCAAAAAUUGAAUUCAUGUCACUGAACUUUUAAAACAAGACCAUUAAUUCGUCAGAAAGACAUACAUUUACAUAACAUUAUUUGCUUUUAUGUGGGAUGUUAAUGCGUUUAGAGAAAAAGUCGUAUUGUAGAAUUUACAGGCAGUAAAUUUAGAUCAAAUCUAAAUUUAGAAUAGAUAUAAAUUCACUGUGUCGUUAAGCACAAAAACAUUAAAUCCACAGGCAGUCAAACUACCUGCCUUAAAAAAAGAGUUGUUGUUUUAUUGUAUAUUCCAACUCUUAUCUGUUAACAUGGAGGAGGCAGGGUUUAUGACCAGUGGGAAUUGAAACACUCUGGCAACACUUUUGGGAAGCUGUAAUGUACGAUUUUCUGUAUCUUUCAGUCUCAUGGCACAGAUUCAGACUACAAUUAAAAGGUGGUAAUGUUUUUUUUUUUACAUGUUAGUCAUAACAUGUAACUAUAUCCAGCCUGUAGGUCUGUCGCUUAUUUUGAAGGUCCUCUGCUCCCCAUUGGCCAAAGAUUGAUAAAUUCACCUUUAAACUAGUUUUGGUAAUUGCAUGAGCUGUUGUGAUCUUUGUGUGUUAUUUUUCUGGACAUUGAAAUAAACAAUACCCUUAUUCAA